AUGAUGAUGGAUUAAUAUUCUCACAAGAACACUUUCAUAUGUGUUGAAAAGUAAUGUCACUUAUAUCGAUUCAUCACAAACUGGGAUUAAUUGUAGUAACAUAAUUAAUUCAAUCACAAAGUUAUCUCAAAAUAAAAGUUUGAAAGCAAAGUUGUUUUUAAAUUAAAUCAGUUUAACCAAUAACAUAGGAUUUCAGUAUAAGAAGAUAUUUAUCAAUUAAUUCAAUAUCAAGAGGAGAGAAUUAUAUUUAAAAUUUAAGAACUAUUUGAAUUUUUUAAGAAGUAUAAAUAACAAUUUAAUUUUCUAGAAUGUAUCUAAAUAUUGUUUAAGAAUAAAUUUACUUUGAUGAUUAUUUAUAAAUUCUAUCAAAUUCACUCUCUAUAGAGGCUGAUAUCUAAAAGUAUAUUGAAAUAUUUUAUGGAUAAAUCCAAUCCCCACAUUAAAUGUAAGUUGAUCUCCUUCUUGACGAAAUUUAGGCUAGAUUAAAUAUAUUUGAAGGUGAUUGCCUGAAUUUAUUAGAAAAGAAUUUUGCCACGGGAAACCAAUAUAACAAUAAUAUUUACAACUAAGGAGCAAAAGAAUUUAAUGAUUAAAUAGAUCCUGAACCAAAUUUGAUGAAACAUUUUGGAAUAUAGGAAAAUCAUUAUCAGACUUAAUUCAAAUCAGAGGAGCCAAGGUAAAUGAUGAAUGAAAUACAAUAAAUUUAACAUAAUCAAAUCGAAUAUAGUUAAAGUAUUUCACAAUAAUAGCCUAUUAUAAAUUCAAAACAAUAAAUCGAAGAAGAUGAUUAGAAUAAUAUUCCUUUGAAAGGAUAUAAGUAGCUGCAAUUAUAAUAAUAACAACAACAAUAGUAAUAAUAGCAAUAACCAUAAUAAUAAUAAUAAUAAUAAUAAUAAUAAUAAUAAUAAUAACUAUAAUUAUAAUAACAAGAACAAUAGCAAUAGCAAUAGCAAUAGCAAUAGCAAUAGCAAUAGCAAUAGCAAUAGCAAUAGCAAUCAUCAUAAUUAUAAUAAUCAACGUUAAAUUAUUCUUAUUAUACUGAAAAGACUUCUUCUACAGAUUAAGACAGAUUGCAAUUUAAACUACCAUCAUAAACAGUAACUAUUCCAAAAAAUACAAAUAAAUAAUCUAAUAAAGAAUAUAUCUAUGUACCAAAAGACAAAUUUGAUGAUUAUGAUGAUUAUGAUGAAGUAGAUAAUAAUAAAAAAUAGUAAAAAGACAGGUAUUCAAUCUUAGGUGUAUUUAGGACAGAAAUAUAAAAUAAUCUCCUUCUAAAAGUAUUUUUAUUGGGAAGAAGUUUGAUGUAAGCAAUUCACAUAAGCAUCUUAAAUUUUCAUCCAAUCAACAAGCAUUUGUUUGUCCUUAACAAGGAAUUGGCUUGGUUGAAGGAAUCAUGACCUUAAAAAUAGAUGCUGAAGUUAGAUUCAAAUUUACAGGUAUUCAAAUUAAAAAUUUUGUAAACUUUCAUAUUUAUCUAAGCAAGCUGAAAUAGGGAUCUAAAAUGUUGAUAAGAAUGGGAGGAUGAAAGGGAGUCAAAUUUAUUCUAUGAAUGAAAUCGGCGGUAUAACCUGAUUAUUACAAUUAGAUCUUGUUUAAGAUAAAAAGGUUUAUAAAGGAAAGUUAAAAAUAUCCUUACAUUAAGAUUAUCUCAUCUCUUAUUCAGCAAAAGAAAGAAUGCUAUAUUUCAUUAAUGGGAAGACAGAAGUAUAAAUUAUAAAUUAAAUAGGAAUAUCUGGAUUUGGAUAAUGUUGAAGGAAAUUUUAAAUUUUUUGUUAAAGUAUUUGGAUUAAAAGUCUAAAUUUCCUGUUGA